GGGCAACUAGGAGGAUGGUACCUGGUUCGGUUAUUUUAUACAUCGUUGGCACAUAUGCGAUGAAUUUUUGAAGCCUGAUUCUGAUAUGCCUUUUGAUAGAAGACAUAGUAUUAGAUUCUAUUAUUUGACUUCCCCUCCCUCCCUUGAAAAUCUGCAAUCACGGUCUCAUCACCACACAUUUUUCCCUAUUUGUAAACAUCCCCCUCCCCAGGAAGGAAGGGAGGAGCAAGGAGGGAAGGGGAUUCCUAGGCUGCAGGACCUGCUUGGAGUCUGGAACAGCUCAGGGAGUGAGGCCACCUGGGUCUUUGGGAUUUGGCAUGGGAACCCAGCCACCCUGAGCCAGUGCCUUCCUAGGGCGCAAGAGUUGUUCCAGCCCAAACCUGUCCUGUGCAAGCUGAUAAACAGUCUAUACCCACCAGGACAGGAGCCCAUUCCCAAGAUCUCCGAGUCAAAGAUGGCUUUUAAGCAGAUGGAGCAAAUCUCCCAGUUCCUAAAAGCUGCAGAGAUCUACGGUGUCAGGACCACGGACAUUUUUCAGACGGUAGAUCUGUGGGAAGGGAAGGACAUGGCAGCCGUGCAGAGGACCCUGAUGGCUCUCGGCAGCGUCGCGGUCACCAAGGAUGAUGGCUGUUAUCGGGGAGAGCCAUCCUGGUUUCACAGGAAAGCUCAGCAGAAUCGGAGAGGAUUUUCAGAGGAGCAGCUUCGCCAGGGACAGAACGUAAUUGGCCUGCAGAUGGGCAGCAACAAGGGAGCUUCCCAGGCAGGCAUGACCGGCUACGGGAUGCCCAGGCAGAUCAUGUAAGAUGCCGCCUCCAGCCUCCCAGGAGAGAGGACGAAUGUUCUACACCACAGUCUCUGUGAUAAAGAAAUAGUUAGUCACCUUCUGACCUUCUCCUCUUUCUCGAAGCCUCCUGUUUCUGGUUUUUCCAAGUGCCGCAUUUCAGCUGCAAACCCGCGUUGCCCACUGCUGCCACCUUGCGUUCAUGUAGAACUAUGCAAAGACUCCGCCUCCUCUUCCUGAGCUGCUCCUUGGCCCCAGAGUCGCCUUUUGUCUGAUUAUUUAUUUAUUUAUUUGCCAAAAAAAUGCCCCCUUCUCAACUUACUAGAACACACCUAAUAAACAAAUUAGUCUUGUGGCUUCAAACGUAAAC